AUGCACCCGCCCGCAGCCACAAAUGCCCUGGCCCGGUCGUGUACCUCAGUGGCUUCCACAUUGGUCAGGGGUCGCGCGAUCGACUUGCUCAGGAUACAACAGCCAUGCCGCGCUUUGAGCAGCAUUGCAGCCUCACCGGCAAGACCUUCAACCCGCCCAGUCCAGGCGUCUACUGCGACCUCACAGAACCCGCAGCAACAACAACAAUGCAGACAUAGCUCGCAUUCACCAAUGGGUUCACCUAUUGCCAACCAGCGCAAGAAGGUAACCCUCGGUACCCUGCGUUCCCUCUACAAAAAAGGAGAACCAAUCACCGUCAUGACGGCGCAUGACUUUCCCAGCGCCCAUGUCGCCGAUGCUGCCGGCAUGGACAUCAUUCUCGUGGGCGACAGCCUGGCUAUGGUCGCCCUUGGUAUGGAGGAUACCAGCGAGGUCGUGUUGGAGGAGAUGUUGCUGCACUGCCGUUCGGUCGCAAGGGCCACAAAAUCCGCUUUCACUAUUGGCGACCUUCCUAUGGGCUCAUAUGAGGUUUCACCCGAACAAGCUCUUCAGACAGCUAUCCGCUUCGUCAAGGAAGGCCGGGUGCAGGGAAUCAAGAUCGAAGGCGGUCGGGAGAUGGCGCCGACGAUUCGCAAAAUCACUGGAGCUGGCAUUCCCGUCCUCGGCCAUAUUGGUCUGACUCCCCAACGCCAACACUCGCUCGGUGGAUUCCGGGUUCAAGGCAAAACAUCUGCUGCAGCCCAAUCCCUCCUGCAAGAUGCCCUAGCAGUGCAAGAAGCCGGGUGCUUUGCCACGGUCGUCGAAGCCGUCCCCGCCGAGGUCUCUGCCCUGUUGACUAAGAAGCUGUCCAUCCCUACCAUUGGUAUCGGCGCGGGCAAUGGCUGCUCUGGACAGGUCCUGGUGCAGAUCGACAUGACUGGCAACUUCCCGCCUGGCCGCUACCUGCCUAAGUUUGUCAAGAAGUACGGAGACGUUUGGGGAGAGUCGAUGAGGGCGAUCGAGGCUUAUAGAGAUGAGGUGAAGAGCAGAGCCUAUCCUGGCCCCGAGCAUACGUAUCCGAUGCCAAGCGAGGAGCUGGCUGCGUUUAAAGCCGUGAUUGAGGGUGAGAAGAGUUUGGAAUAG